AUGCCUGCAGCUUCAGCCAGACCUGCCGGCCAUGGCCUCCCCCUGCUUCCAGAGUGGUCAUCGGAAGACGAAUACGUCAAGUCCCUCUUAACCUUUGCGACCAGUUCAGACUUGUUCCGAAAUCUUUGUGGAGGAGUGCACAUUCUGGACUUUCUCACACGGGAGCCUGACUUGUACACCACUGUCCUCCCGAAAGAAUGGCGGGACUGGUUCGAUCUGGUAUCUGUGGACGAUGUGCUUGAUCUACUUCUCCGGCGAGACUUGACGCGCCUCGAGAAUCCAUAUACCACCGUAGGAGAAGGCUCCCCAACAACCAACCCUCCCGACAGCCUUUUGGAAUAUGUCCGGAGUGUGCGCAGACAUUGUCUACGGAGGAACUUCACUCCCGUUUCGGACAACGUGCCUGAAAUGCCCACACAUGUCUCCGUGGGGAUGAAAGUCAAGAAGGCCCAUGAAGUAACCAAUCUUGCCGCCUAUGUUGAUAGACUCUCAACGGAAGUGUCAGAGCGGUUUCAUGAGCCUAUCUCAGUGGUGGACUUUGGAUCUGGACAGAAUUACCUCGGCCGAACACUGGCUUCACCGCCGUAUAACAAACACGUCAUUGCUAUCGAAAGGAGACAUCACAAUAUCGCCGGCGCCAGGAACAUGGAUAUCCAUGCCAAGCUGGCGAAGAAGGAGAAGAUCAUGCGUAACAAGAAGGAAUGGAAGCGACAACUGGCUCUAGGGAAUGGCAUUCCCACUCCACCACCAGAGGAAACAGAAGCCGAACCAGCCUCUGUUCCGGUUCCAGUUCCGGAUGCUGUGCUGGCAGAUUCCGACUUUUCCUCCGAGGAAGGAUUCAACCACAACAGAGGCUCGAUGACCUACAUCGAGCAUGACAUCCAGGACGGUCGCCUUGAAGACAUUCUAUAUCCGGGAGACGUAGACGACGAAGGCGAGCAAGAAGAAUGCCAAAGCUGUGUUGGCAUCACCUCCUCCAAGGACACGACAAUACCCAAGCCUGACCAAGCAAUCGACUCCAGAAGAGCCAAAUCAAUGGUCGUGUCCCUCCAUUCGUGCGGGAACCUGUCCCACCACGGCAUCCGGUCUUUAGUCCUCAACCCGUCGGUCUGCGCAGUCGCCAUAAUCGGUUGCUGCUACAAUCUCCUCACCGAACGUCUCGGGCCUGCCACGUACAAGCUCCCGCAACUACGGCCGAACCACCCCCGUCUGGAAGCGACUGGUUCCGCAUACGACCCGCAUGGCUUCCCCAUGUCCAAGGCGCUCGAAGAGUUCGAGCAUGAAUGUGGCAGAGGGAUGAAGCUGAACAUCACGGCCCGUAUGAUGGCCGUGCAGGCACCCUACAACUGGGGCCCGGACGACAGCGAGGCCUUCUUCCGACGACACUUCUACCGUGCACUAUUGCAGCGUAUGCUUCUAGAUCUGGGCGUUGUCAAGCAGUGUCCGGACCCGGGUAGGCUGGCUGGUGGGAGUAUUACUGGCAAGGACACCAGUGGAACGCCAUUGAUAGUGGGCUCGCUCCGGAAAUCCUGUUUCACCAGCUUCAAGGCCUAUUGCCAUGGUGCCCUGGCUAAACUGGGAAACGACCCUGUUGAGGGCCCCGUGAUUACAGAAGUCGCGAAAGGUCUCACAGACGAUAUGAUUGACGACUAUGAAGCGCGAUGGGGCUAUGCGAAGAAGAAUCUAGCGAUCAUCUGGAGCUUGAUGGCGUUUAGUGCUGCUGUUGUCGAGAGCAUCAUUGUCACUGACCGCUGGCUUUAUCUGCGAGAGCAGGCUUGCGUCGAGGACUGUUGGGUCGAUAUCGUGUUUGAUUAUAAACACAGUCCGAGGAAUUUCAUCGUCGUUGGGAUCAAGAAGCAGGAAUGA